GGAAGGCAUUUCUGCAGUUAUGUGAGUUUUUAAGAGUCCGUGAGAGAUGCCAUGUCUCCUGCUGUGGAGUUUGCUUCUCAAGAGAGCCAUGAGGACGGCGAUAACAACAACGAACGGCUAGAUUUUAUUCUUCAUAUGGAUCUAACGGCUGCCAAUUUUUCACUUCCUAACGAAUCUUUUCUCAAAGCAGCCAUUUCUCUCAAGGACCAGGUGGUGGAGAUGACGUGGACAGGAGGUCGUGGUAGUAGUGUGGGUACGGAUACGGUUGUUGACCCGACGGUUUAUUCGGGUCUGCUGGGAACGGCUUUCACCUGCUUGCGGUCGUACGAGGUUACCGGUAACCAGAAAGACUUGUUGUUAUGCUCGGAGAUCGUUGACACGUGUGCCGCUGUUGCACCUGCAUCUUCGAGGCAUGUGACCUUUUUAUGUGGUAGAGGUGGAAUAUAUGCUCUUGGAGCUGUGGUCGCUAAUUACAAAGGAGAUCAACGACGACGCGACCUGUUUUUGAACCUCUUCCUUGAGGUAGCACAAGAGAGAGCGCUCCCAAUCGGACCAGAGGAAGGCGGUUUUGGAAUGUCAUAUGACCUUAUGUAUGGGCGAGCUGGAUUUUUAUGGUCUGCUUUGUUUCUGAAUCAACAUCUAGGAGAAGGGACAUUGCCAAGUGAUCUUCUCUUGCCUGUUGUUGAUGCUGUGUUAGCUGGGGGCAGGGCAGGAUCAUCUGAUAAUCCAGCCUGCCCCCUGAUGUACAGAUGGCAUGGGACAAGGUACUGGGGAGCAGCUAAUGGCCUUGCUGGAGUCCUGCAAGUUCUACUUCACUUUCCUCUCUCCAAAGAGGAUGCUGAGGAUGUCAAGGGGACUUUAAGGUACAUGAUGAGUAAAAGGUUCCUUCGUAGUGGAAAUUACCCAUCAAGUGAAGGAAACCCAAGGGACAAAUUGGUGCAGUGGUCUCAUGGUGCUACUGGCAUGGCCAUCACCCUGUGCAAGGCAUCACAGGUUUUCCCAAAUGAUAGGGAAUUUCGUGAUGCUGCUAUAGAAGCAGGGGAAGUUGUGUGGAAGAGUGGAUUAGUGAAGAAGGUGGGACUUGCUGAUGGUGUGGCUGGAAAUGCAUAUGCCUUCCUUUCCCUUUACCGUCUUACAGGAGAUAGCAUAUACGAAGAGCGAGCAAAGGCAUUUGCAAGCUUCUUGUAUAACAAUGCAAGUAAAUUAGUGCCUGGAGGACAUGUUCGCGGAGCUGAUCAUGCUUACUCUCUUUUUCAAGGACUUGCUGGAACAGCUUGCCUCUGGUUUGAUCUUCUUGCACCUGAAAUGUCAAGGUUCCCAGGAUAUGAAGUUUAGGUGAGGGUCAAAAUCUAUAUUAUCAGUAUGAAGGUCAACUCAACAUGUAUAUAUAUAUAUAUAUAGAAGAAAGCCAAUUCACACGAGUGGAACUUGGAUGCAUCUUUCCAAGGUUUUAUUUAUAUAACCUGUGUGACUGUAGAAAUUUGUUUAUUGCACGCUUGGGGGGUGAAGUGUCAAAUUGAAGUUUUCCUCGGUCUCUUUUGUAAAUAAUAAUAACAAUGGUAGGUUUGUUCUA